AUGAAGAAGACAAAAGCUCAACCGAAAUCAGUAGAACCUAUCUUAGCUUCCAUGCAUGUACGGUGCACUUCCAUUCAGGAUAGCAUAAUAAUCGCAAUACGAUGGAUUUAUGUUGCUAUUUCCAUUAGCUUAUUUCUAAUAGUAUACGCUUUUAUCAUAUUAUUUCUCAACUGUUUUCAACUGUACGAACAGAAAAUCUGUGGAGAGGAAAAUAUAAAUCGGAAAGAAAAUGUGGGAAGGAGCGAAACAACGCAACAGCAACCGCUUAUUUUGACACCAAAGAUUGAAUUUUUUAGAAUUUUACGGAUUUGUCUGAAUUUUUUAAACAGAGAAAAGCAAUUUUAUUAUGGCUAG